GUUUUUCGUCUAUGCAUGCUCGACUGCAUUUUUGACACGAGAGUGUUAUAAAACACCUAGACUCCAAAUAGCUGGGCUAUACCUUUUGCAAAAGAUUUCGGCGGUUGGUUCAUCACACCGAAAUUAAGUAUGUUUCGUGAGAUCGGGUUUUUGAUAGUAUAUUUUAUAUACGGAUGCCAAGCACGCUGUUUUGACAAAUAUAAUGAGGUUUAUUAUGAAACGGGAGCCAAAUUUAGGCGAGAUAAACCAAUGGGAGACACAACGUUAUUGGGAACGUACGAUUGUACCUGUAAAGCAGGAGGAUACCUUCAUUGUUAUGCAUUCAAUAUACCCUGCUGGGACGUGGUGGAAAAUACGUUUAUUCCUAAGGGUGAAAAAUUUGUCGCCAACCUUGGCGGGAAACGUAUGGAAUGCACGUGUGUAGGGGGUCGAGGAGCUUUCAGAAAUUGCUAUACAUAUGAAAGUGACGGCUGCUUUGACAUACAUGCAAAUAGGAAGGUGUCUGAUGGUGAAUAUUACACGACGAACAGGUUUGGAGCCGAAGUAUCAUGCAUCUGCGAAAGCGGUAAACCAGCUCGAGCCUCGUGCAGUAGAGUAACGACAGAGGCUGACGGUUGCUUUGACGAAUAUGCAAAUAAGAAGGUCCCUAACGGUAAAUUUUACACGGCGCAAAAGUUUGGAGCCAAAGUUUCAUGUCUCUGCGAACGCGGUCAAGCCUCAUGCAGUAGAAUAACGACAGGCUGUAGAGAUCACGAAUCAAACAGGUUGGUUCAAACAGGAGAACGAUAUUUAGUUGAAAGUUAUAGUCGGAUUUUUGAAUGCUCGUGCAGUUCGAGCGGACGACCAAUAUCUGGAACUUGUCAAAUACAAACACGAAGAUUUGAAUAUGAUCCUUGCAAAAGCGCUGAUUGUCAUCCCAUGGCUCGUUGUCAAGCACGAGGUAGUUCAUAUAUUUGUGACUGUAAAUCAGGUUUCCGAGGAAGUGGACGUUAUUGUGCAGAUAUCAAUGAAUGCAGUAGUAGAAACCGAUGUCAUGAAAACGCAAAUUGUAACAACACAGAAGGUUCAUACACAUGCACUUGCGAACCAGGAUAUAUAGGCGAUGGAUAUCAGUGUACAAGACAUGAUCCUUGCGACGAAGGUAUUGUGUUUUGCUCUAUGAAUGCGGAAUGUAUACCUGAUCAGAAUACGUAUCAGUGUGUUUGCACGAGAGGAUUUACCGGUGAUGGAUUCACCUGUCAAGACACGGAUGAAUGCGAAACCGGCGCAUCUGAUUGUGAUGCAAAUGCUUUAUGUCAGAAUGUACAUGGGAGGUAUAGUUGUACGUGUAAGGAAGGUUAUGAAGGAGACGGACACGAAUGUAAAAAAAUGUGUCUUGAUGACGUGGAUGGACAAUAUGUUUCUAAUCACAACGUUUUUCUCAAAAUUAAAAAUGGUAGACGCCUGACAUGUACUUGCCAAAAUGGUAAUGCGAUUGAAGGAUCUUGUCAUGGAACAGGAGGUGAACCAGAAGAGCCAACUACAACUUCUCCGGAACAAAAUACUACAAUGUCAACGACAACAGCAACACCAAGAAUCACCGCGUCGAAGGAACUCCAAUGCUACGAUCGAAAUAAUCGCAUAUAUUACAGCUUAGGUCAAAGCUAUACAUGGAAUAGAGGAAGAAGAUCUUACUUGUGUGUCUGUACCAAGCGACGUAAUGCGGCUAUAUCUAGAUGCAAACCUGUUAGAUAUACGUCAUGAUUUGUAAACAAAAUACUUUGAUAAAACAAGUCUAAGACGGAAGAUAGAAAGACGCAAAUUACAAAAACUAUUAGAGAAACUAUUAUUGUGAAAUGUUUUUACAUCGAUUCCAUUUUAACUAACUAAAACCCAAAAUAUCUUAAGACGUUUGAGUCUUUAUUUGUGCUGCAAAAACAAUAAACAGUUAUAUAUACUA